AUGUCUUCUUCCCGGAGUAUGCUCCUGAUAAUCCAUCUGGCCUAUCUGCUACUACUAGAUCUUCUCGCCCUGCCUCUGCCUCUGCCAGCUAGACUACUUAUUCUACCGGCUAUAGAUACUAUACUUGCUCCAUAUCCCAUACUACUAAUAGCGAACCUAUUACUAGUAGUCCUUAUCCCUUCCGCUACUAGUACUACUAAUAUGGCAACCAUUCUACUAGUUCCUCCGGCCCCCCUUCCCGUUAUCCUGCUAUCUCUACUACUACCGGAUCUGGAUUUUCCCCUGCCAGUAGCACUUAUAAAGAACUGA